AGGACAGAUGUUUUUAACUUAAAAAUAAAUAAGUAAUAAUUAACAUAAAUAAAUAUGUUUAUGAACGUUUUCUUGAACUACAUACAUGUGUCAAUAUGUCAUUUAAUGUAGACUUAAGAAAAACGAUACAAUGUUGUUUUGUUUCAAAAUAUUAUACUGUUUUUUACGUUACGUUAGGAACUUCCUCCAGUAGAAAUAAUUGGUUACCGUAAACAAACGAAUCUGCAGUUUUAACAAGCGAUUUCCGUUUUAUGAGCACCAAUCCUUAAAUAACAAACACACUCACAUAUGAAUAUACUCUGCGUGGCGAAUCGCUUUAGAUCAACACAAUUUGCGUACCGAAAGGAUUACAUUUGAACAAUAUAGUUAAGGUAACGACUUGAAACAUGUGUGUCCUUAUCUAUUUAUUGGGAUUGGUGAUUCUGUUGGCCAAUAGUGGACAGUGUGAUUUAUCUUGGGACAAGAUAUACAAUCUGCUGUCUUCAAGAUUAGAUAACAUCUUGGUCGAUAUAAAAUAACACAGUCCCGACUAAAUUCUGUCCAUAAGAUUCAGGAGGGCGUACAGUCCGAUUUUAACGUAUUGAAGAGUGAAACUGGGGACUUUCGAGUUCAUAUAUCCAAUGUUGAGGAAAAAAUCAAGUCUACAAUGAAUCAAACAGCCGAACUCGUAUCACGGACCGAAGAUGAGAUGAAUACACAUUUAAAUGAAACUCGAGUUCAGAUAUCUGAUUUAGAACAGGGGAUGGCGGACUCGGUAGGAAGGAUUGAAGGUUUGGAAAAGAAUCAGUCAGUCAUGAAAGGAGCAGCAGACAAAACACAAGCUCAGAUUGCGACCGUGGAACAGAAAGUAGCAGCUUCGCAGAGCAACACUCAAACUCUCCAGUCACGAGUUCAAAGUCUGGGGGAGACGCAAGGAGAUCUUAAAUCAAAGACAACGACUAUCGAGUCAAAAGUCGAUACGAGGCAAAGACAGAUAGACUGGAUGCAAAGACAGAUAGACUGGGUUCAACAAACCGUAGGUACGUUUGCUGGUUUCUCUGCCUACCUUAAUACAAAUAAGCAUUAUGAUCAAAAAACUGUUAUUGUAUUCGACGGAGUCAUCUACAACCAUGACACAUGGCCACGGCCCCGGGACUACAAUCCAAAUACCGGCAUCUUCACUGUACCUGUGAGCGGAGUAUAUGUCUUUACGUUUAACGUCGAAGUAAAUAGCAAUUUUGUUGAUAUAGAUAUUGGUGCGCAUGUUAAUCUGAUGCUUAAUUCGAACAUCAAGUCGCAAGCGAUUGUACAAGGUUUAGGCAACCAUUUGUCAAGUGGAAAUACAGCUGUGCUGGAUGUGCAAUUCGGAGACAAAGUGUUCGUAUCGACUUCAAGUCAUUUUCGGCUUCACAAAUUAUAUGCGUGGAGAACAACGUUCAGCGGGGCCCUUUUGCGUAUGAAUUAAUACAUCGGAAGCAGCAGCAAUAUUAAUUAUCUGAUACAAUAAUUUGACAUAAUAUUACACCUAAUUCAUGACAAACAGUAUAGAGUUAAAUUGAACAAAUUUGUUCCAAAAAUUUUUUACAAUUUUUUUAAAUGUAUGUCUCGAAUAUGAUUAUUUGCGAAAUUGAUACAACUACACAAAAUACAAUUUAACUGGUCGAGAAGAUGCCUCAAAUAUAAUUGCCUUUUACUAGUUGUUCCUGACAGCGAUGGAAAUGUCCUGCUUUUUAUUGAAGAUCAAUAACUCCCAAAAAUCAGUAGGGCAAACAGACCGUGCAAUAUGUGCAUGUACACCGAAUGGAUGCUUCUUUUACAGUUACGUCAAAUUCGAUUUGCUGGUUUAUAAAAUCUCGAGCUGAAAGAAAGUACCGGACAUUAAUUAUGAAGUUAUCCGAAAAAAGUGCGAUUCUUUAACUCACAAGUUUAUGGAUCAUAAUAAAUGUAAAAAGUAAAACUAUUGUGAACAUAUUGUUUAAUGAUGCGCUAAAUACCAAAACAUAUAAGAACUUGGGAGCUAAAUUGAUAACGAAACUGAGUGCGGAUGUUAAUGGAUUUGGACACGCCAUUUCCAACAAAGCAAUAGUGGAUUUUAGUGCUUCAAACACAAAUGUGACAGUUUAAUUGAUACCUACAUGUACGAACCUUUCCUUAUUUUGAAAUACUGACUCUGUCAAUGACACUCUACUACAAGUAUCUGGCUUCUGAACGCAUAUAUAUAUAUAUAUACAUAUGUAACAUGUUCAUAAGAUUUUUGUUGUUGUUUCACAUAGUUUAGUAUUAGAAUUAAAUUUUGUCAUAUGCAUCAAACAGCGAUGUAGUCAAAUUAUCAUUCUCGUGUACCUUCGGUCUUAGAGAUUCUUGUUGUAAGUCACACUAACAUAAUCUUCGAUUGUACUGAAGUGUUUUCAGAGGCAGUGAUCUUUUAGCAAUAAAAUAAGAUUUCAUGUAAA